GAGCAAACGCGGAGAAGCCUGGAGGAGCUCAGGAAGAGAAGGGAGGAGAUGCUGGAAGCGAAGGCGAGUGGAGCGAGGCGGUGCCGGGAAUUCCUGGCGCGAACGGAGACGGAGAGGCAGAAGGUGGUGUCGGAAUUCCGGCAGCUGCGCCGCUUCCUGAAGGAGCAGGAGCUGCUCCUCUUGGCGCAGCUCGGAGAGCUGGAUCGGGAUAUCGGGAAGAGGCAGGAGGAAGAGGAGGCCAAGGGGACGGGGCAGCUUUCCCUGCUCGAUAUCCUUAUCUGCGACUUGGAGAGGAGGCUGGAGCGGCCCACGAGGGAAUUCAUGCAGGAUGCCCAAAGCACCAUGAAGAGGUGGGAGAAGGGGGAUGCCUGGAAGCCAACGGACACCUUCCUAGACCUGGAGCAGAGAAUCCAUGUUAUUUCCCAGCAAAACGUUGCUCUCCAGGAGACGCUGAGGAGAUUUCAAGACAUUUUGCUGUCUCAGUUGGAGAAGGAGCAAGGAGAUGAUAGGAAAG